GUGUACACUUGAAGGCAGCGCGGCAGUCACGGUAGGAGGGUUCGCUCGGACGCGCUCUGCAGCCGAGGAGGGGGCCACUGUUGUCGUUCGUCAGGGCUGCGAGUCGAGCUUUUGUCCUGGAGAAAUGGCUGGGAUUAAAGCUCUCAUCAGCCUGUCCUUUGGAGGGGCCAUUGGCCUCAUGUUCCUCAUGCUAGGAUGUGCCCUCCCCGUGUACGACAAAUACUGGCCGUUGUUCCUCCUCUUCUUCUACAUCCUGUGUCCCAUCCCUUACUGCAUCUCGCGGCGAGUGGUCGACGACACCGACUCGGCCAGCAACGCCUGCAAAGAGCUGGCCAUCUUCCUCACGACGGGCAUCGUCAUCUCAGCGUUCGGCCUGCCCGUCGUCUUCGCCAGAGCCGAAGUGAUCGCCUGGGGGGCGUGUGCGCUCGUGCUGACGGGGAACGUAGUCAUCUUCAGCACCAUCCUGGGCUUCUUCUUGGUCUUUGGAUCCAACGACGACUUCAGCUGGCAGCAGUGGUAAAACAGCAGAGGGAGGGUCCUUAGUCUGAACUGUUUUUAUUAUUGUUGUUAUUAUUAUUAUGGUAUUACUGUUUGGUUCUUGUUGUUAUUUAUAUGAUGACCGCCCAUCCAUAGACUCCUACCAAACCAGUGCAAUACUUUUCGUUUGUUUGUUUGUUUUUUGUACCACAUUGAACUGACACAAGUGGGAUGGUAACUGCUGACUCUCUGUUGCAUAUUGUUACUCGUUUUAGUUUCUGUGUUUUUGAAUCUGCUACAUGUGUGCGUUUCGUUUUUUUGAGCGAAGCCGACGACUACUGCUUGUAUUAUCUGUGAAGAGAAGAAAUCCGCCUGAAUGCCGAAUAAUCUGACCUAGAAAGAAAAGGCCUGCCUGUCUCUAUUUGGUCGUCUGCGCACUGCGUUUCCAACGUGCUGAGUUGAGUGUAAAUCAGCAGAAAGCUGAUCAGAUUGCAUUUGGCUCGGUUUGAUCAGAGUUUUAUUCUCCCGAAGUAACAACCAGGCUGACGGAAUGCUGCUCUUUGAUGAGCUUCUCGGCUGAUUAUCAUCGUGGGGUUGUGAGGUGGAGGAGACGUGGCGCCGGUACGCGAUUACACACUUUUUCUCAACGCCCGCAACCCCUUAAAGAGUCAGCGGACGGAGCAGGACGAACGGCGUCCGAUUCCUCCCACCCGAACACGCCGACUUAUCACAGAGACUCGCCUAGGGCCCCUUAAGCUUUUACAUGUGACCCCUUCAAAAUAAAAGGAGCUCAGUGCCGUAUUUCAUUUCCUCACACCAGCCUCGUGAUGAUAAAGGUGUUCCUGUGCGUCCGGUUGUGUAAACUCAGGCGCUGCUCUCCUCAGUAACUGCAUCGCCGGAAAAUUGCCUUUGGCUUUUUGGUUUUGUUUUUUUGUGGAGGUUCCGUUUUAAAAUGUCCUCUCUGGAUGAUAAGACAAAACAAAACAGAUUUCGAAUGAGGACUAAUGCUGACUUAAUACAAUUUGGUAUGCCUUGUUGUUCUUUUAACGCCGGCUUCACGGCAGAUUUCCAAUGAACCGGACAUAACGUCAAUACGUUUGGUUCCAUAGAAGUAUUUCCACUUUUACAAUCCACGUAUUCAUGAUUUAUCAAAUACAUUCAAAGGAUUAGUUUGGGGGGGAAAAGAUUAGGUUUUUUAAAUUUUUUAUUUUUAAGUCAGGUCCGGAGAUCGUUACCAUGUUUUUUUUAAUCAGCGUGUCAAAGGAGUUUGAAUCAAGAUGUGAUUAGCUUAGCUUAGCAUAAAUAUAAGGGAAGACAUUGAGCCUGUAAAAGUUCCACAAUAUGCAACUAAUACGCCAUCAAAGUUCAUUAUUAACAUCAAAUUUUUCCAUAAAAUCAAAUGUUUUAGAAAUGAGAAAUUGUGGUUUUAAAGGGAUUUACUUGCAUUCGCUCUGAAACUUGUUUGUAAUUAAAUAUUAAUAGUACAUAACUCCCCUUUGUCAUUUUUAUAUCUGCUUAUUGGGAUGAAACUAUAUGUAUUAAUGUGUAAACUUUAAACGAAGACCUUCCAGUCUUUAUGCUAAGCUAAUCACUAAUAUUGGAAAUCUGCAGAGGAAAGCUGCGGAUAAAAAUACCAACUAACACGUCGGCAUUAAAACGUCCCACUCAGUUGUGAUGUUUGCUCGACUUCCUCCCAGAGAACAGGGGUUGUAUUAAAAAGCAGCUUCUUAGUUUGAGGUCUAAACUACGUUUGACUACUGAAUAAUAAUAAUAACUGAACUGAUGUGUGCAUGUUGUUACGUGACACCAGGCUCAACUUGUCAAAUGUUGUCUAGUCCGACCACGUGCGUCUCUCGUGUUCCUCUUGGUCUUCCCACACAUUUGGGAGGAUGCUGUAUUUAUUUCGUCUGAACAUUCGGACGCUUCGUGUCAAAAUGUCCCGACGCCGUUUUUCCAUCGACAACCUUUCUGUUAAAGAGGCAGAAGUCAGCAUGGUGGUUUUCAUUGUUUCUUUUUUUAAUAAACGCCAAUUUUUAAACGCCA